ACAGUUUAUGCAUAAAAUAUAUUUACAAAAAAUUUAUAAAUUAAUCUUUUCUACUGGCAUCUCAAACAGCUGAUCAUCAGCAGUACGGCGUGAUUAUUGCUAAAUUGGGUUAAACUACAUAAGGUUCCAAGAUGUUACAAAACUCUUUAAAAUCAGGUACACGUAUAUUUACUUAUCGAAAUGUUUGCGCCAUUCCCAAACGACUACAACAAACACAAGUCGCUACAAACACUCCCGCAACAGAGCCCGAAAAUAUUGCUGUAAUAGAGGAACGAAUAUUGAAACACCCCGAUUAUUUUCAAGUGCAUAAUCUUUUCACUGUCCGCGAUCUCUUCAAUGCUAGAGUUCAUUAUGGCCACAAGGAGGGGUCAUUAGAUGAUCGUAUGCGUCCUUACAUAUACGGCAGUCGUCUUGGUCACCUUAUAUUCGAUUUAGAUAUAACUGCUGCACAUCUUCGUGAUGCUUUAAACAUAGCUGCACAUAUUGCUUUUCGUGAUGGUAUUAUACUAUUCUUUAAUCGGAAUGCUCUCAACGCUCAUCUGGUGGAGAAGAAAGCUAUAGAGGCCGGUGAAUUCUCACAUACACGCUUUUGGCGUGGAGGUAUUUUUACUAAUGCUAAUGUACAAUUCGGUGCUGUAACGCGUUUGCCUGAUUUGUGCAUUUUUUUGAAUACACAAAACAAUAUAUUAACACAGCAUGUGGCUGUGCGAGAUUCCGCGAAAAUGGCCAUACCCACCAUUGGUAUUGUGGACACUAAUUGCAAUCCCAAUCUGAUUACUUAUCCAGUGCCAGGUAACGAUGAUUCGCCAGCGGCAAUAGAAUUAUAUUGCAACCUAUUCAAAGCUGCAAUAUUACGAGGCAAGGAAAAGAGAAAAGAACUGCUUGGAGAAACUGAAAACACCAAUAGUUCAAAAUCAUAAAAAGGCAGCAUCCAAAAACGUAAUGGUUUAGAUUAAAUAUUGUUUUUACACAAGAGUGUCUGUUAUGAAAAUAAAUAAGCAAAUUAACUUUUUGUGUCCAAAGAAAA